UAUGAAGCUGAGGGAGUUCAUUCUAUAUAGAGGGGGUGCAAAACAUUUGGUCAAAGCUUUGGACCUUUUUAAAUACCUCCCUUAAUCUUCUCUGUUCUAUACUUCUAUUGGCUACACAGGUCUCAAAUGUGCAGUUUCGAAAGACACACGUGCCUUGGCAAACAUGCAGUUCCAUUUUAAAUCUGGUGCUAUACUCCGCUGUCGCCCGUACCUUUAAAUUGCUUUUAGAAGUGCUUGACAUUUAUUAAGGUGUUGAUUUUUCAAAACAGGAACAGCUUCCCUCGCCUUUACUGUUCCAAUGCACUUCCUCCACAGCGUGUUUUAAAAGCUGACUGCCAACCCGAGGACGGGGAUAAGACUCCCGUUGCACAGCGGGUUCGCCCAUUCCAGGUUUUACCACCUGCAUAGGCAGCAAACUCAGAUGUGUUAUCAAGCUCCUAGCGAAACCAGGAUCGCACUGCUGUGCAACGGGAGUCUUAUCCCCCUCCCUGGGUUGUGCUUGAUCAAGCCAAGCCCACUUCCUGCUUGAAUUCCCCAGAGGCUGGUUGUUAUAACCGGGUUGUGAAGCAGUGCAAAGGUUCAUGUUUUAGCAGCUGCGAUGGUGGCAAAGCGCAGGGGACAAAGUGCGUGCCCGUGACUGAGCUGGAGAGACGCUGCCAGGCUGGUAGAUCCUGUUCUGGGAACAGACUUGAGAAAUGGCAAAGAAAAAAGCCCCCGAUCUCCUCUCUGACAAUCACACAGUGGAUGUGAUUCGCUGGAAGGUGUGUGAGGAGAAACUGCAGCUAACCAGCUCCGUGCCAUUCAACAAGCCCAACCUGUCCACCUGUCCUCAGCAGACUCGAUGGGGUCUGAAGGAUUUCUACAGCCUGGAGGAGUGUGUGAGCUUCAUUACACAGUGGAGCAAAGAGGUGGAGAGACUGAGCAAGCGCAAACCAAACAAGGAGGACGGAGGGAGAGGAGAGGAGGAGGAGGAGGAAGAAGGGAAGGAGAGAGACAGAGGAGCAAAGGAGACUCCCGGUGACAAUGACAACAGCUUGGAGGCGUGUCGACGGUGCAUACUGGGCUGGGCCAAGGAGCUCAACACGGUGGCUGAGCACAGAAAGACGGUGAAGAAGGGGAGCCGUGGGGAGCAGCAGCAGGAGGAAUCAGAAAGAAAAGAGGAGGGGGGAGAGGAGGAGGAGAAAUUUCAGCGCAUCAUGAACUGGGCCAGGGAGCUGCAGACUGUGUCCGAGGGCUGUGGAUUGGCUGAAGAGGGUGUGGCUCAGUCCCUCGCAGAGCUGGGAUUGGACAAUAAGAGACUGGGUCCCGUGCUGCCCCUGCUGGAAUUCAUCACCUGGUCUCUGCUGCAGGAGCACACACAGGGAGGUGUCCCGGAACUGUGGCUGUCGACAAAGCAGAAUUCCCGGAGAGCUGAUGCUGUCAGAUACAUCCCGGAUUCAGUCUGGAAGUGGAUUUGUAGCGCCGCAGCGGAUGUGACUCUAGACCCCGACACGGCACACCCCUGGCUUAUCCUGUCCAAGAACGGGAAAAGUGUGAGAAGGGGAGAGACGAGCCAGGAUCUCCCAGAAAAAAAACAGAGGUUCGACUGGAAGAGCUGUGUCCAGGGCUGGCAGGGGUUCACCUCUGGGAGACACUACUGGGAGGUGGAGGUGGAGCAGAACAGCGCCUGGAGAGUGGGAGUCACUGCGGCUUCCGCCCAGAGGAAGGGAAGGUUCAGCAUGCACCCCGCUGGGGGAUACUGGACAAUCUGGAGGAGUCAGAGCCACCUAUGGGCCUGCACUGACCCCAAGACCUGCCUUCCUUUGAGCCUGGACCCCCGGAAGGUAGGGGUGUUUGUGGAUUACGAGGAAGGGAAGGUCUCCUUCUACAAUGCGGACAAGAGGUCUCACAUCUACACCUUCAGCGACACCUUCACUGAGAAGCUGUACCCAGUUUUCGCUAUCCAAGAUGAAGAAACGGCGCUUGUGAUAACAUCCCCCUCCCCAGUGAGCACUAGGCGCAAUUAACCCUGUGAUGCCCAUUUCUGUAUCGCAUGUGAUGCAAUGCUUAGCCAGCCCUUUUUAAUCCAGCCUCACAAGCUAGAAUUGUUCAGAUUCAGCAGAUUAGGUGUUGCCAGACAGGGGGAAAGUAGUUUUCUUGUACAAAGCAAUCUAGUGAAAAAUAACUGUAAUAAAGCAGUUUUCCUCAUUUUAAAAAUGCUUGUGGGCAUCGCCCCCGGGUCCAGCAGCCCAUGCUGGCGCGACCGCCAGACGCACACGUUUUUGAACUGAUCAGUUUUCUUCAGCUGUCUUGAUUUAUGACUUUUUAAAGAAACGUUUCGGGUUUUGCUCAACUGUUUUGUCUUCAUUGCACAUCCUGUCGUAGUUUUUGUGCUACUGUGAAUACAUGAUCUCUCUUGAUUUUUUUGUCUCUUAUACACAAGUCUGUCAUUAAAUGAUCAUUUGAUAUGCAUCAUGUGAUGUUUAACAUUUACCUUCCUACAGUUCCUUUGC